CCUGCUGUCAGUGUUGUUAUUAUUCUGUUGUUUUCUUUUCUUAUUCUAAAAAUAAACAAAUGCAUACUCGCAUAGUGUAGCUAAUAUAAUUUGUGUCCUCAAAAUUAAAAACAAUUAUCCUGAUUACAGUACAAUUUUUGAGAAUAUAAUAUUUGUUCUAGCUUAUUAAUCAUGCCUUUAGUGAAUUCAAGUAAACACAUAUCUUAUUGGGCGAACUGUCCAGCCGAUAUUUUACUAGUAAUAUUCAGGAAAUUGGAUUUUAAAUCUUUGUUAAACUCUAUGUUUGUCAAUAAAUAUUGGCUCGACGUUGUUGAAUAUUAUUGUCAACAUUUUAAUAUCUGGGACAAGUUGAUAGAAUAUGGAAUUGAUAAUAAAGGCUUGUCUUUUUUUGAAAAAUCUACAUUAGGCUGUAGAGAUAUAAUUCAAAGUGCUCAGCGAUGGUAUAAUGUUAAAAAUGCAGCUGUCUGUUGCCGCCAUCAUUAUACAUUUGAACUUAUUAGAAGUGUUUGUGUUUAUAAGGAUAAUCUUAUAAUUGUGACAAAUGAGGCUGUCAAGUAUUUUGCUCUAGAAAAUUUUAUACUUAUGAAAAAUAUAAACACAACAUGUCUUGAAUAUGAUGAAAAUAGUUCAUUAAGUGUUAAAUUGAGUCUACCAAAGGAUGGUGUGAUUGGGUACAAUGUGCUCACCCUUAUAAAUAAAUUACAUCAUAAAAACUGUGAUUGUACUCAAGUAAGAAAAGCAAUUCUUUAUGAUAUAAGUUCAUUCAAGGUGUAUUCAAAUUGUUGCUAUGUUAUUGAUAUAAAAAAUGUUUUGUGGGUAUACAAAGCUGAUAAAUGUGAAUGGGAUGUUAAAGUUAUGGCAAAAUAUUAUGGCAAUAGAGAUUCCAUAUGUGGUCUGCACAUACACCAGGAGGAAGUUUAUGUUUUACUAAAGAGAGGAGAUGUUCUUCACGUCGAUAUGGCUUGCAAAAAGAUUGAGAAAGUUUUUGAGUUGGAUAUUCCCAUGUAUUACCUGGAUACGAAGCCAUACAUGUUUGGGACCUUUAGUGCGCUCUGUGCGGUGUCUGCUGAAAAAGAGUUCCAAAUCCACUCGCAAAACCGUGGAGAUCAAAUAGUAGCUGCUUGUCCAGGGCUCACGUGUGUGAUGGAACAUGGGCCCGUCUUGGUACUGGGAUACGAAGAUGGCAAGAUCGAAAUUUUCCUUACGAGUAAUUUGAUCAAAAAAUUAACGUCGCCAGAGCUACGAUUCUACUUACAAAACUACUCAGAAACUUCGAUAAACAAAAUCACCGCAUUGGACGUGUAUGAAGACGAAAAUGCCCACCAUCUCUUCGUAACCACUGAGAGUGACAUCUACGAGCUUUUGAUAUACGACAAAUGACAUACUAUUGUUUUUUGUCUAAUAUAUAUAUAUAUAUAUAUAUAUAUAUAUAUAUAU